GCCCCCAGCCCGGUGGAGCCGCCCAUGUCGAGCCGAGCCAUGGGGCUGGCGGCGGAGCUGGCGGCGCGGCUGAACUGCGCCGAGUACAAGAACUGGGUGCGCGCGGGUCAGGCGCUGCUGCUGCUGCGGGGCGUCCUGCAGCCCUUCGCCGCCGCGCAGCUCCGCGCCUUCCACGCCCGCCUGGCCGCCCGCCUGCCCCGCGCCGCCCGCCCCCGCUGCGCCUGCGCGCCCCGCGCCCGCCAGUUUCAGCCUGCCUGUUCAUUGUGUGCACAAUGGAAACAGGAGAUUUUGAAUCAUCACACCAACAGGCAUGGAGAUGUUCAUUGGGGAAACUGCAAACCUUGGCUUUGGCCUUCUAAUUCGUGGGAGCUUGCAAAGGCCUAUAUGCCUCGUGGACAAACAAAUAUUUCUGGACCAGAGGAAUGUGAUGCAGUUGCACUUCUAAACCUUUUUAAUUUCUGUGACCAUUUCAGUAGUAUUAAUAAAAAGAAAAUUAAAGAGGUGAUUACAUGCCGUAAUGAGUUGAUGCAUUCUUCAGAAAUGAAAGUUUCUUCUUUGUGGUUGAAAGAGUUUGGAAAGAAGAUUCAGAACUUACUAAAUGAAUUUGAGAAUGUUCCAGAGGUUGCAGCAGCUGGAACAAAGAUAGAAAAGCUUUUGUCAUCUGAUUGGGCUGUCUAUGUACCAGGGGAAGGAGAUCAGCCAGAUGGACUGGAAGAAGAAACAGAAGUUUACCUGACUGAGAGUCAAAUACAUGAAAUAGAGAUGGAAUUAAUAAGGCAGAGACUUGAAGAGAUCUAUCUUCUGGCAGAGGAGCAGGAGAUGCUGUCUGAAGAGAAUUUGCAUAGGAUACAGAUGGUAAAAGAUUUCUUAAAGGACAACAGUGAUCUGAAUACAAGCUUUGAGGCAGAUCUGCAGAGACUAGAAGGCCUUGAAAAAGAGAUGCAGAGCCAGAAAAUAUCUCUAGGUGAGACCAAGAAAGAAAAUCCUGAGGAGGAGACAAAUGAAGGCAAGUUUUGAGAAAAUGUAUCUUCCCUCUAUAGUAUGCUGCCUUGAAUGUUGCAGGGAAAAUUUGUAAAAAAUGUUCAGAGGGUUUUGCAGGGGGUUGGAGGACUUGUUUUAUCCCAAGAGAGAACUAUUUUGUUUCACUGACUGGGAUGCCUUACUGAGCAUCUCCCAGAGAGAGGCUACAGUAAUGAAUGGCAGUAACUACUGUAUAAGGAGGACAGUGAUAGCAGAACUUCCAUGUAACAAGGACUCAUCUGUUGUGACAAUGAGCUGAGUAUUGCAGUAGGUGGCACUUUUAAGAUUUAAGAUUUCUUUAAUACAGAAAUGGUCACAUUUAGAUUAAAAGAAAAAAGAUGCUAACUGUGGGGACUUGCUCAAUACAAUGGAUAACAGGUUAAAAACAAUCAAAAUACUUGAAUGAGAAAAAAACACAACAUUUGAAUGGAGCUUGACUUGUCUUUGUUUAAAUAUAGCUUGUCCUUUAAAGAAAAUUAAACCUGUUGCAUGAAAAACAACUUCAACUGUGAAACAGCAGAGUCUACAUUUUGAAGAGGCGUUCUUGUGACUGAAUGAUUUGUCUAAGUUUGCUUUUUGUUUGUAAGCUUUGAUUGUAUGAUUGCCCUGCAUCUUGUUUUAAGGGCUGUGGUUCUCAGUGGUUUUAGACUUAAGGCACCCCUCCAUAAUUUUUCUGAAUUUAGUGGCAUCCCUUUUAAAAAAUAAAUUUCAUUUAUUUUUUGACUACAGAAAAAUAAUAGAGGAGUUCUUCCAUUGCAAAGAUCUCAAAGAGACAUCAAGAGGUCAGAAUGUUUUGGACACUAUGGAUUCCUAUUUGAUCUCUCUGGGUUUAUCUGGUGAAUCAUGUGUAGGUGUUUGCACACCUAACAGUGCUCAUGUUGCAGCACCCUCAUGGCACCCUGCUUAAGAAUUGCUGCUUUUGGGCCUCAAAGAAUAAACUUGAAGAAUGGA